AUGAUGCAUCUAGGACUUUCAGUCACCUACGCCCUGGCGUUGGUGACCGGUGCUUUGGCCGUCCCAUCGCAACAACUAGACACUCGCCAGCAAGCGCCCAAGUCGACAGUCAUCACCACCCACAAUGAGCCAUGGGCGUUCGCCUUCUUGCCCGACAACCGCGUCAUCGUCAAUGAGAGACGAGGCAACAUGAAACUCGUCAACCCGGAUACCAAGGCCACCGGCACCAUCACCGGCGUACCCUCCGUCGCAUACGGCGGCCAGGGCGGCUUGCACGACAUCGCCUUGCACCCCAACUACGCUAACAACAGUAUCGUGUACAUUAGCUACGCAGAGGCCGGCAGCGGAGGGGCUGCCGGCGGUGCCGGCGGCGCAGUCGCCCGGGCCAAGCUGACGCUCGACUCCAAUGGCGGCGGCGCGCUGUCGGGCCUCGAGGUCAUCUGGCGUCACUCGCAGAGGGCCAUCGGCGGGCUGCAGUUCGCCUGCCGCCUGCUCUUCGGCUCAGACGGCGCGCUGUGGAUCGCCUCGGGUGAGAUCAACCAGAUGACCCCGGCCCAGGACAUGACGGCCAACCUGGGCAAGAUGAUCAAGCUGUACGACAACGGCACCUCCUUCGCGGGCAACCCGUUCGCCAGCCAGGGCGCCGUGCAGUCGCAGAUCUGGUCCCUGGGCCACCGCAACCCGCUCGGCAUCGACUGGGACGCCCAGGGGCGCCUCUGGGAGGUCGAGAUGGGCCCCAUGGGCGGCGACGAGCUCAACCUGAUCCAGUCGGGCGCCAACUACGGCUGGCCGCUCGUCUCCGAGGGCCAGCACUACGACGGCCGUCAGAUCCCCAAGCACAGCACGCGCCCCGACAUCGCGGCGCCCAAGGCCUUCUGGGUCCCCGUCAUCUCCCCGGCCGGCCUGAUCAUCUACAAGGGCAGCCUGUUCUCCAGCUGGACGGGCAACGCGCUCAUCACCGGCCUCAGCGCUCAGGGGAUCGUGCGUGUGACCAUCAGUGGCGACACCGCUAAGGAGGCUCAGCGCAUCUCGAUGGGCAAGCGCAUGCGCGGUAUCCGGGAGCACAAGGAUGGCUCCAUCUGGGUCAUUGAGGAUGGUACCAGCGGCCGGCUCUUGAAGCUCACCCCUAACUAA